UUCAGUACAAUUUGAGCGCGUGCGAAAACAAGUUAAGUGAGAUAGUAGUUGGUAAAACUUGCAUUGAUUAUUUUAUAAAGAAGAUACAUUCUCACGUAAACAAAUAUUUGUUAUUCAAGUUUUCUGGUCACACUACCAACGAAGUAACAAACAUACACUGAAAUGAAACGAGCUAAACAUUGCUAAUUCCAUGACGACAUGGAAUAAAUGCAAAUUCUAUAAACAAAUCAAACGGAAAUGGACUAGAAUCGGUUAAAGUAUAAUGUAAACACACGAAAUCCGAGAUCCAGGAAUUAGUGGACGUGAGCAAAAAAAAAAAGAAAUACUUGGAACAAAAGCAAUAAAAAGACAAUUAAGUGUAUUUCCAUGCGUGUGUAAACAAGCUCCAAAGCAAUAACAACAACGCAAAAAGCGUUUCGGCACAAUCGCACAACAACAGCAACAACUAAUAAAAGCAAACAUAUCUGUGCACGGAGCAAUAACCGCUGCAAAGUAGCCGAUUUGUGGGUGGUAAAGUGUAAAAGAACCGCGUCUGCUGAAUAAAGUGAUUGGUAGGGUCGAACUGUAACUGUUGGAAAAUAUAAGUAAACACUGCCAAAAACGUUUUAUUUAUACCUAAAACAGGUGCACAUCAAGCAACGACAGCAAUAGCAGCUGAAACAAGCAGACUUAAGUGGAAUCACAAUUGCACAACGCGUCGCUCACCGGCUGCGUUAGCGGAUGCAUCAACACAUCAGAGGGCAACGAACUGUUGAUUGGAAUAUAUUGAUUGCGCUAACUCCCAAGUUGCAAACAAUAAAUGAAAUGGCACUAUUAAAAUUAGCUAGGCAACUAGGCCUUGUUGAAACUAUAUAUGAAGAGAACGGUGCUGACAAGAACAAUGCAUCCAGUUACUUAAAUAAGCGAAAUAAGUCGCAAUUAUCAACACAACGUUACAAAUAUCUAAUUUGCAUCGAUUUUGAAGCAACCUGCUGGGCGGAUCAAGCUCCACCACAAUGGCGUGAGUCCGAAGUAAUAGAAUUCCCCGCUAUUUUGGUGAAUGUGCAGACAGGUAAAAUUGAAGCCGAAUUCCAUAAAUAUGUCAUGCCAAUUGAAUCGCCGAAGCUGAGCGCUUACUGCAUCGAACUUACUGGCAUCAAACAACAAAUGGUCGAUAAUGGCAUGCCAUUGCAAACGGCCAUCAUGAUGUUCCAAGAAUGGUUGCGCAAAGAAUUACGCGCACGAAAUUUACAACUGCCGAAAAUGUCCAAGGAUAAAAUGACUGGCAAUUGCGCGUUUGUGACCUGGACCGAUUGGGAUUUCGGUAUUUGCUUGGCGAAAGAGUGUCAGCGGAAAAGGCUGAAGAAACCUUCCUAUUUCAAUCAGUGGAUCGAUUUACGUGCCGUUUUCCGGGCGUGGUACAAAUAUAAGCCGUUAAACUUUGCCGAUGCCAUAACGCAUGUCGGGCUCACAUUUGAGGGGCGUCCACACUCCGGUCAAGAUGACGCACGCAAUUUGGCGGCGCUGGCGCAUAAGAUGACAUGUGAUGGCGCGCCACUGGCGAUAACCAAGGACCUCGCGCCAUUUCAACUCAACUCGAAUUGCAUGCUUUAAGCGUUGAGUGGCAAGCUGGUGGUGUAGAAAGUAUGAAGUUUUAUUUUAUUUUGUAUGCCUCUUUUUUAUGUUAUCCACUUAAAACGCUUGCAAUUUUUAGAAGACUUAAUGAAUUAUUAUUUAAAUGUUUCGUUUAUUUACUUAUUUUUUUGUUUGUAUAAGAAUUGUUAUUCUCGAUUAUUUAAAAUUCUGUGUGAUUUUGAAUAUAUGUUUUAUGGAAAAAUGUAAUAAAACGUUUAGUAAUUAGUCGAGAUAUGUACAUAUCUGCUUAAUUUUAAAUGUAUUUACAAUUUCAAUUAUAUUAUUUUUUUAUUAAUUCAAAAAUAAUUUAUGCAUUUAUAUUCGAACUGUACCACUUACAUAUAUAAUAUGAGAAAGUGGCGCUGAAGUGCUUAUAAAAUGAAAAUUAUUUUUAAUGUUUAUAUAAUAGAAAGCGAAAAAAUAUAAAUUUUAUUAUUAUUGUAUUUUUUCUUUAAGUAUGUAUUAUUAUUUAUGUUUCUUUUUACUUGUGUGUUAUUUUUUUUUUAACUUUUUUUUAGUCUUUCAAUAAGAAGUACGUACUUUAAUGUUUACCGCAUACUUUUUUAUGUAUUUGUAAGUUAUGAAAGCUCAACUACAUGCAUUAACUUAAUGUGAACAUUAAUUAUAGCAUAAAAAUUGACUAAGAUACUGAAACAAGGGUUUUAGAAAAACUGCACUUUUGAUACAUAUACAUUUUAUAUGCGCGAAAUAAUAUAUUAUAACGGUACAAUAAAUGUACUACAAACAUGAA